AUGAGAGCAUUACCGAAGUGCAAAACUGCUGAAGACUGCGAUAAGAUCGCUUACAUUGUUAGAAAGACACCUGAAAACUUUCUCAAACAAGACAUAUUCACCUGUGCAACUUGCAUGACAUCCCUGUACUCAGCUGAGCACUGUGAGUUGAUCCCAGACAUUGACUCAGUCGUAGAGUGUCUCGAACAUGUCAAGUUCAACCUCAACAGAAUCAGCUCUUUUAAAGACCAGUUCGGCCUCGAAGAAGCCUGGGACGGACUCAUCAUUGUGCUGGACAAGUUCAAAGAAGACUAUGACCAAUUCAGAGCAAGACUUGAAAGCAUCUGCGACCACAAGCAAUGGGAGCUGCUCACCCAGUUUCAGACAGACGCCAGACAUUUUCUGAACCAAAUCUUCGAUUCAGACCUGAUGAAGAGCUUCACAAGGCAGCUUCAAUUCAGGAGCUACAAAGAAGUAAAGCUGGGAGUGUCGUUCGAAGGCGGAGACUCGCAGGCGCGCUUGAGAGUCAAACUCGAAGAACAAAGACAAACCAUGAAGACUCAGGAGAUCCUUCCUUUACGAGAGGAACUGAAGAAUGCGAGUGAGAGGCUGGCCGAGGGAGAAGCCUUGAAGGAAAGGCUGAGCCAGGAGAAGACAGAACUAGACGAGAGAGUCCAGACUCUAGUUCAGGAGAAGGACGACUUGAUAUAAGCCAACAUGAGCAAAGCUCCAUUCAAAGCCAGCAACAAAUCCAAGAACUCAACACUAGAAUUCAAACUCUCACCGAAGAAGACAACAACAGGAAUGCCCAGUUCGAAGAAAUGAAGACUCAGAUCACUAAUCUUGAGGCUUGUCUUGGGGAAGCCAAGUACACUUUGUCGCAUCCUGAACUUAAAAUGAUUCUUGACUCCAUCUGAAAGGGAAACUACACCUUCAAUGAUUCAGCAAACUUCACAUUUAGUUUGGGCAAUGCAUCGAACCAAAAUGCUCUGAAAGCUCUGCAACUGUUCAGACUGCCUAGUCUCAACCAGAUCCAUUUGAACUACGUCGACUCAUUCAACAACCCCGAAGGGGUGACCAACUUCAUGGCCAACGCCUUCCGCCCAGCAGCAGGCGAGCAGUGGAGCAGAGUCAACCAGUUUGUGUUCAGCAAUGCAGGCAGUGACUGGACAAAGGAGGUGGGGCCGUACAUUCCUGCUCUUAAGAAAGUUUUCCCUCUCAUCAGAGACCAAUGUUAUUUGUAUUACUUGAAGCUGACCAAGACUGAGUUUGAAGACUUGGUUGUGGCAGCCAAACACUGCAAGACUAUCAAGAUGGGUAAUUGCAACAUUGAAACUGAUGAGGAAGUUGGCUUUGGUGACAGACUUGAUGACUCUACAUUUACAAAGCUAGAUUUUGAUUAUCUUGGACAUAAUACUUGUAGCAACUGGAAACAAAAUGGGUUCAACAGAUUCAAGAACAUCAUCAAAGGACUGGCCAAAGUCUAUCAAGUAAAGAACAAACAGAUUGCUAUUACACUCAGUAAUUGUGACUUGAGCAAAGACUUGGCUGAGUCUGUGUUACAAGACCAUGGAAUGACCAACAUGACAAUCGAAGGACUCUAGAUUGGAUAAAUGAUAAAUUUCAAUUUAUUUUUCUCCC